GGUGACGGUGAGCGCAAACAGACAACCACCAGUAGAAUUAGAAGGGAUGGGGCUUACCAGGCAGUUUGUCAUCCCCAAUGCGGACGUCGGCCGCGGACCGGUGGUGGCGGCGAUGCACUCCACGCUGCCUUUUAUCGCCGUGGCCGGGCAAAAGGGCCGCGUCAUCAUUUCCAACAAACAAGGCAAGGCGGAGCACCAACUCGUGAUGCCCGGUGUGGUGGACAUGGCCUGGGACCUCCGCAGUGACACCCUGGCCAUGGUGACCGAGUCGUCCUCCCUUGUGCAGCUCUACACGCACCGCACUCGGCAGGUAGACACGAUAGACACGAAAAUCAGCAACUUAUGCCUUAUUGCGUGGUCCCGGAUGCAGCCGCAGUUUGUCGUCGGCUCCAAAUCUGGCCAGUACGUCAUGUACAACCGAAACACGCUGCGCCUCAACCCCAUCACUGGGACACACACGCAGGAGAUCGUAGCGGGGGAGUGGACCUCCCCGCCGCUCAACAACCUCGUGCUCGUGUCCGCCGACAAGACACUCUCCAUCUCUGACGGUGACGGCAAUCUGCAGAAAGUGAUCACGCUCGCCGGCGAGCCGAAGUCGCUCUGCGUCUCGCGCACCGCCGGCACGCCGAAGCACCGCACCCUCGUCGCCGUGAACGUCGAGACGGCGGUGCAGGUCGUCGACGUGCGCAGCUUCGCCGUCUCUGUCGGCCAGUUUAGCACGGAGCUCGGACCUAUCACUGCCCUCACCGCAACGGUGGGCAACACCUUUGUGGCGGGCUUCGGCACGGGGGCUGUGGGCCUACUCGUGGUGAGCGGCAACGAAGUGCGCAUGCAGACAUCGUUCAAGUCAUCGGGUGACUUCAUCAACGUGUUAAAAUUUGGUGAGGGCUGCGGUCUGGCGGCACUCAACAGCGGCAAUCGAGUGCGACUGCUGCGCAUCACGGAUAGCUCCAUCGACGCCACAGGCGAUGAGGCAACGGUGGAGACGGAAUUGGGCAAGCCGGAGCAGCUGUCGUGGUCCAAAGACGGCCAGCAGCUUCUGCUCUCCACCAACCUCGGCAACGUGGCGGUGUACUCGCUGAACGUGCUGAACGUGAGCGCUGCGUACGGUGCGCUGGUCUUCUCGUUCGUCUCCACACGCACCAUCGGCGUAAAAAACCUGCAGGACGGCUGCAUCGUGUGCACCGUGCCCAUCAACAGCGAUCCCAGUUUUAUGAGCGCCGGCAUGGCCAUGCUCGCCGUCGGCGGCGGCAAUCACGUUUCCUACUACGAAUACUUCAUCUCGAACAGCCUGCCGUACGCCGCGCUCGACCCGACGAAGAGCGGCGGCCCGAACGACACCGCGUCGCCUCAGCCGCAGCAACAGCAGCCGCACUCGAAGUUUCUGCGCACGGUGGAGUACCCGGCGGCGGUGAGCGACGUCAAGGUCAGCUCGCAGCUCGCCGCGGUGCUUUACGAUGGUAAGGUGCAGCUGCAUCCGGUUCGCGACAGCCCGCAAGCAGCGCCGCCGGUGUUUUUCCCCCAGAGCGGCGACACCCGCAUCGUCGCCAUCGGCAUCUCGGAGGUGCUGCUGCUGUACGCCACUACGACCCGCGUCAGCGUCUACGCCAUUCACAACCUGCAGCAGGUGGCCGGCUUCGCGUGCAACACGGGGCUGAAGCGCGCCUUUGCGAACCCCGCGUGCACCCGCGUCGCCUACAUCGACGACAACAACGAGCUCUUCAACUUGAACCCCGUGACGGAGGUGGCGAACCAGGCGGAGGGCGCGGAGCCGGACCAUAAGACGAUCUUGUGGGACCAGGCCGACGCGACGGUCUUCAUGACGCACGACAGCCGCAACGGCAUCACCUUUGUGAGCACGCCGCACAGCCGCCACGGCGCCACCUGCGAGUCGGUGCUGGUGAAGGAGACGAGCAACACGAACCUAUACACGCCGUUGCCGCCGGACUGCAAGCCCGUCACGCUGUUUCGUGGGGCGGUGGUGUGCCAGAUGCCGAACGGCACCCUCGAGUCCAUCCCACUGCGCACGCACAACGGUGUCUUUCUGCGUACCCCCAACCCGGAGGCCUUCUACAACAACUUCUCGCUGAACCGCCUGCGGUGGUCGUCGAAUAACAUCUCGACGCCGCAGGAGGCGGAGGACCUCGCGGUGAAGGCGCUGCACAUGCUGGACAUCGAGCUGGCCAUCCGUGUGUACCGGCAGCUCUCGCAGCCGAGUCUGGUGCUCUGCUUAGAAAAGAUUCGCCACAUUCACGAGAAGAAUUUGCUGCUCGGGCACGUGUCGAUGAUCAUGGGGUACAUGAAGGACGCCCAGAACUUUUUCUUGCGCUCCUCGCAGCCGCUCUGCGCGCUGGAGAUGCGCCGCGACAUGAUGCAGUGGGCACGCGCGAUCGCCUUGGCCGAGCAGCUGGCGCCGGAGGAGGUGCCGAUUCUCUCGCGCGAGUUCGCACAACAGCUGGAGUACCGUGGUGAGUACGUGAAGGCGCUAGAAAUGUUUCAGCAGGGCACGCGGCAGGUGCCGACGGGGCACGCGAGCACUGAGCUGGCAGUAAGUGUGCAGGAGGUGGAGCGGCACAACGAACAGUGCCGGCAGGGCACCGCACGCUGCCAAAUUCGAACAGGCAACUUGAAGGACGCGCUCGCCAUCGUGAAGGAGUCGACGGACGUUGCGUUCGUGGCGGAGUGCGCGAAGCUCUGCGAGGACAACCAAAAGUUCGACGAGGCGGCCCAGCUGUACGAGAAGGCCGGCGACCUGGAGCGAGCUGCGACGCUCUUCAUUGAGCGCUGCCGUAACCUGAAGGCGGCGGCCCGGCUGCUGCCGCAGGUGAAGUCGCGCAACAUCAUCGGCCUCUACGCACAAGGAAAGGAGGCGGAGGGCUCCUUCGCGGAGGCGGAGAAGGCCUUCAUGCAGGCCGAGGACUGGGACAACGCGGUGCGGCUGAAGCUUGACAAGUUGAACGACCUCCACGGCGCCUACGUGAUUGUGCGGCAGACGCACUCCGCCAACGCCGCCGCUUUGGUCGCACGCAAGUGCCAGCAGCAAAACGAGUUCGGCACCGCGGUGGAGUUCCUCGUGCUGGCGAAGUCGCUGCCGGAGGCUUUUGAGCUGGCGAAGGAGCACAACUGUGUCUUCAACUUUGAGAGCGCGCUGCUGAGCCAGGUGCAGCUGAAGGACGGCGUGGCUCCGCUGGCGAGGCAGGCAGACUUCACGAUGGUGGCCGAGUACUACGACAAGGAGGGCAAGCCCUCUCAGGCCGGCAUGUACUACCACAUCGCCGGUAACUACGCCAAGGCGCUGAAGAAGUACAUGGAGUCGGGGCAGCCCGAGGAUGUGGAGAAGGCGGUGGAGGUCGUCGGCAAGGCGCACAGCGACAGCCUAACGAACAGGUUUAUUGACUACCUCAUGGGCGAGACGGACGGGGAGCCGAAGGACCCGUCGUACAUCUUCAAGCUGUACCUGGCCAUGGGCAGCUACGAGAAGGCUGCCAAGACGUCCGUCAUCAUCGCGGCAAAGGAGCAGGAAAUGGGCAACUACAAGACUUCGCACAAGACCCUCGUCGAGGCCUACCGCAUUCUGCGGCAGAAAAAUAUGCGGGUGCCAAAUGACCUGCGGCGUACGCUGAUGCUGCUGCACUCCUACAUGGUGGUGAAGGAUCUGCUGAAGAUCAUGAAUGAUAAGGAGACAGCGUGCCGAAUGCUGCUGCGUGUGGCGCGCAACAUCCAGAAGUUCCCGAAGCACAUCGUCGCCAUUCUCACCUCCACGGUGCUGCAGUGUGUCAAGUCCAACUUCAAGAAAUCAGCCUUCGAGUUUGCGCGCUACUUAAUCCAGAACGAGCGCUACCGCAUGGAGAUGGGUGAGAAGACGCGCAAGAAGAUCGAAGGCAUCGUGCGACGACGCGGCAAGGAGAGCGAGGAGGACCCGCCGGAAGCGGCGACGCCGUGCCCGUUCUGCGGUGCGCCGGUGCAAGAGACGGAUCUGGACUGCGCGGCGUGCAAGAACGCGAUCCCGUUCUGCGCGGUGACGGGGAAGCACGUGGUGAAGAGCGACUACACCGUCACGCCGUGCUGCGGCUUCCCUGCGAGCUACUCCGCCCUCAUGAAGCGGCUGAAGGAGACGACGGUGUGCCCGAUGUGCGAGGCAGCGAUCGAUGUGAACAAGGUGGACCGUGAAACGGAGCCCGACCUCAAGUCGUUCUUGUGA